AUGGCUCAACCGUCUGUUUCGGAUCUAAUGUUUACGGUGAGGAGACGCCAACCAGAGCUAAUUACUCCCGCCAAGUCCACCCCCCAUGAAUUUAAGCUACUUUCCGACAUAGAUGACCAGGAUGGUCUUCGAUGUCGAAUUCCAGCGGCAUUCUUUUAUCCUUACGAACAAUCCAUGCAAGGAAAGGACCCCGCCCAACUUAUCAGAAAGGCGCUUGCUCAAGCCCUAGUCUUUUACUAUCCACUCGCAGGUCGGCUUAGGGAAGGUCCUGGCCGCAAACUUAUGGUAGAUUGUAACGAGGAAGGGGUCGUCUUCAUUGAAGCUGACGCAGAUGUCACCAUUCACCAAUUCGGCGACCCUAUUCAACCUCCAUUUCCAUGCUUUGAAGAGCUCCUUUAUAAUGUUCCAGGCUUGGAAGGAAUCAUUAAUUGUCCUCCCUUAGUUGUUCAGGUUACACGUCUCAAGUGCGGUGGUUUCGUUUUAGCCUACUUCUUCAACCACACCAUGUGGGAUGGUCAUGGUAUAGCUCAAUUCUUUGGAGCCUUAGCGGAGAUUGCCAGGAGUGCUAGUGAGCCUUCAGUUACCCCAGUUUGGUGUAGAGAGCUACUAAACGCAAGGGACCCACCUCGCGUUACAUGCACCCAUCAUGAGUACACGGAAGUGCCUGAUGAUACAGAAGCAAAAAUGCCGGAAGCUAUGGUCCAAAGCUCUUUCUUCUUUGGACCUGACAAGUUAAAGGCCAUCCGUCAACUGUUUUCUGAAUACCAUGGUCAAUACACUGUGUUUGAGGCGUUCACAGCAUUCCUCUGGCGCUGUCGCACCAUAUCAUUACAGCUAGAACCAGACCAGGAGAUUCGCCUAAUGUGCAUUAGCAAUGUUAGAGGCAAAACAAACCCGCCACUGUUGCCGAUUGGCUAUUACGGUAAUGGCUUUGUGUACCCCGCCGCUGUUACCACUGCGAAUAAGCUUACGAGAAGUCCACUUGUGUAUGCCCUAGAGUUGGUCAAAAAGGCGAAAGGUGAGGCAACGGUAGAGUAUAUACGAUCCGUGGCAGAUCUUAUGGUGAUCAGAGGACGGCCUUGCUUUAACCCGGUAAGGUCAUGGAUCGUGUCGAAUUUAACACGUUCUGGGUUGAGAGAUAUAGAUUUUGGAUGGGGCAAGGCGAUAUACGCUGGACCAGCGAUGGCUGGGGCUGGGUCGUUUCCUGGAGUAAGCUUUUUCGUUGCAUGUAAGAAUGCUAAAGGGGAAGAAGGCAUAACAGCACUACUUUGCUUGCCGCGCAAAUCGAUGGAGAUUUUCGCCAGAGAGAUAGAUAACAUGCUUAGCAGCCACAACGAUAAUGUUCGAGAUUCUAAAUUUAUCAUGUCUUGCCUGUAG